GUACUCCGUAGCAGGUAGCUACCUAGCUACCUUAGGGGAGCACUGGGGAGGUUCAGGGAUCCGCUCAACUUGUGGAAGUGCCCCCAGAAUUGUCCUUCGCAUUUCAGAAUCAGAAUUCAUCGUUACAAUUCUGCCUGAUUCCCAAACUUCUACCUUGGUCUCCUCGAACACGCUUCAUUCGAAUUACAAAUUCACUUUGACAACUUCGGUUUCUUUGAUCCUUCGACCUGCAUCUCCACUGAUCCGCGCGAGAGACGCCUGCGCUCGAGUAACCUCAUCUUUACCUCACCACAACCAACCUCUACCGGCGUUUGUGUCUACGUGCGCCUUCAUUCUACAAGCAAAAUGGAUUUCUCAAACAUCUUCCGGUUGGUCAACCUUGCCGUUGGCGGUGUCAUGGUGCUUGGAGGUAUCAGUCAAUUCUUCCAUCUCGGAUUGCGGGACAUCAUCAUUGGCGUAUAUGUCAUUAUCUUCGGCCUAGCCGUGGCUGGACUUGAAUUGGUCCCUCAGGUUCCCCCAUACAUUCCCAAAUACGCCAGCUUCUUAUUCUCUUUCCUCGGCCGUGGUGUUUUCUACGUCUUUGUCGGUUCUAUCAUCCUCGAGCAAAACUGGUUGCGCAUCGCCGCAGGAUCUAUCAUUGGCCUCGUCGGCUUGGGAUAUGCUGCCUUGGAGUUCGUGCCAUCAAUCGAGCCACCUUCGAACAUGAGGGAUGCGGAUGCUGGUUGGGGCGCCGAACAGGUUUAAGCGGCGUAUCAUGAGGUUUUGGCUGUUCCAUUUUGACGAUUGCGACGAACGCAGACUCACAUGCUCGUUGCUCGGAAUAUCGCCAUUUUCCGCAGCCCGCUCAUCAUGAGUCGCAAUCCUCGUCUCGUGGAAUUCUUGAAAGGAAACAGGUCAGAGUUUCCAAGGCUCUGAUUGUUGUGUAUAGUAUGCAGGUGGGUGAUCGAGGAUGGGGGAUGCAAUGUAGUAUUCGACGAUUCGGUGGUAGGCCAUCGUCAACAAAGGAGGUGUCGCAGGGGCCGAUCAUUCCUAUCCAUCAGGGGGAAGAACGUUGACAUUUAGCACACCAGAAAACGCUGGUAGCUGGUUGCAGAUGAGCAACAGCCAUGAGACUAUCCGAUCAUGAGAGUCUUUCAGCCAUAAAGGGUGUCUUUGCUAGGAGUGACAUGAUAUCAUUAUGUUACAAACAUACUUUCCUACCAUUCCAAGACUGACUGUUGGAUUUGUCCGUAGCACGACGACGGCGUGCCAAUGCGUGGAGCUCGAUCCAGAAGAAGACCAAAUUGUUGAGAUUGGUGCGCUCUGUAGACAGUUUCAAGACUUUUAGAACGUCAUUUCGGGCG